GAUCUGUUCUGAUCUGUUCUGUUCGUUCUGUUCUGAUCUGAGCUGAUCUGAUGUAAUCUGAUCUGUUCUGAUCUGUCCUGUUGUGAGAAAAGAAAAUGUAAUUUCCCAUUUGUUGGAUCAGUGAUCUGUUCUGUUCUGGUCUGAUCUGUUCUGUUCCAAGUCUCAUAAUCCAACAUUUUAUUUAGCGUCUGUUGUUUUUAAUAGUGUGUUUGAACUUGUUUCUUUCUUCAGUAAUUGAUCUCUGUUUCUAACGUCUGUUUAAUUUCAGGUUCAAAGUUUUAUUUAUCAAAGAGACGUCAUCUCACCGAGUUUAUUUUAUCAUGGCUCCACUUCCAUGAACAUGACAUCACUGCUCAACAUUUUCAUGAUGUUUUUACAUCUGCUCCUGGGUUUUAAGUGAAGGAUUAAGGGUCAGUAGUAGUACUGUGAAGGAGUAGUAGUAUUUAUAGUAUUUUUUCUUUGGUGUUAGUUUGUUGUUUGCGUCCAAUAGAUGGAGCAGAUAUGUCAGUUCUUAACAAAGUAUUGUGUUUACAGUUCAUAUUUAAAUGAUUCAUGUCGGUUGAUUAUCAAAAACUCUGAUGAUUAACAGACAGUAUUUCAUAAUAAACAGCUGUUGUUGUCUGAUGGAUGUAAAGAGUUUGAAGAAUCAGACUCCACUCAGUGUGCUGAUUCAUUCCUGUUAACAGAUCGCUAUGAUCAAUACACCUGCUGCUGACAGACAGAAACAGAGUCUGAAGAAAAAACCUACUUUAACCUUCAGACAUGAAACCAUGGCAUGUUUGUGUGUCUAUGGCUUUUACUGUGAAAAUAUCAGAAACAUGUCUCUGCCCAGAUGUUUUAUCAGCUGGAUUGUAGACCAGAUGUUACAUUUAUUUAUCAUCAUUAAUUAAUGGAUUAUAGAUUAUAGUCUGUGUUCAGAGUCGGCAUCCUCUCCCCGUCACGUGACCUCAUGACCAUGACCUGAUGACCUCAUAUUAAAGCAGUGCAGCUGUUGAACACCUGCAGCUCAGAACAUUAAUUCAUCUUCAUUUACAGAGCAGCUAAGGCCACACCCACCAAACAUGACUCACUGGUGAUGUUAUUGCCAGUCAACCAAUCACACACACCUCUUCACUGGACCACAGAGCAGAGAUCAGUUGGUUCUGCAUCAUCAGUGUCAAAGUUCAUUCUUUAAAAUCCUGUAAAUAUAAAUAGAAUAUAAAUAAAUUAUAAUUUAAAAAAAAAUACAGCUCCACGUUGUAGUGACCGGACGCCGAUGUAGCUUUGACGUCUGGUCUCAUGUCUGCUUAGAAUCAAAUCAUCCAUGAGAGAGAAUCGCUCCACAUCAACAACACGUCAUCAACAAAUCAUCAUGUUACUUACUUACUUAGAUCGUUAGCAUUGCUUCAGAUUAUCAACAUGUUGCUUCAUAUUGAUUCACUUCUGACUUGAGCAGAGGACAAAACAUCUAUCACCAAAUUUUAAUUAGAUGCAGAUUUGUUUAAUCAAAACAGAAAAUGUCUUUAAAGAGCUGUAAAGUAUAAUUUAAAUUUAAAAACAGAUGCUUUACGCUGAAACUGUGACUGAGCUGCAACAAGCAGAACAAACAGCUGAAUCCUGUGGAUGUGAGGUGUGAAGGUUUGAAGACUGAUCACUGUUUCCAUCACAGACGUAAUGACUCAGUGUUUGCUUUAUAAAAACUAACCACAGUUAUAAAGUAUCUCGGGCUAAAGUGAGAAUAAAAUAGUCAGGCCCACUCACAGUAAAUAAACCACAGUAAACUAAAACUCCACCCUCAUAAUGAACUACAACACAAAGAGUAACUUCUGAGUUCCUGUUGGAAAACAGCCCAGAAUAUGAUGCUCCACCUCCUCAGUCCUCCACCUCCAGACUCAUUCAGUUCUCCUCCUCCUCCAAGUGACACGCUCUGAUUAACUGGUGUAAAUCACUCUGAGGUAAACGUCUUCAGGUCAGUUGCUAUGGUUUCUGAUUUAACAUGUCCACCUCCUCUUUUCUCUGAGCGUCCUGAAAACAUGAGAUCUGUUAUUUCAGAGAUGACAGGAGCGAAGCUCCUCCACAGUCUGGACCUGAUUCCUGACUCAAACACCACAGAGUCUGAUAUUAGUCAAUGCUGCUAAUGAUCAUCCUCUCAACAUCACAACAGACACCUGUGUGUUGAGACGUCACCACACCUGUCAUACAGGUGGGUUACCAUGGCAACAGAUGCCAUAAAUGUAAACAUGAAAUCUGAAAGGAUUACAUUCACAGAUACAACAAACUAUUUUUUUCAAAUCUAAACUUCAGGUUUUCACAUCAGAACAUCUUUGUAAAAUCAUUGAAACAUCUGUGAAGGUUUGGAGGGAAAGUUGAAUCAACUAUUGUCAGAACAAAGAUAUUCUGACCCUAAAGAUAAUGUAAGACUGUAAAAGGUUUCAGCUGGUGUUCAGGUCUAUGUAAAGGUUUCAGCUGGUCUUCAGGUUUCAGUGGAGGCAGAAGCUGAGCUGCUGUGUGUCUCUGGUAGCAGCUCUGUAGUUGAAUGUGUUUAUUAGUGAGACUUCCUGCUGUGAUGAAUCAGAGCGCCUGUUAACAGCACAUUACUCAGACAGAGCUGAAACACAAACUGAACACACCUCCAUCCAUCCUUUUGUUUUGUUGCUCUCUGGCUUCAUGGUUAAUGUCUCCCAGCAUGCUCUCUGUCGUCUGAUGUCGACAUCCUGUCAAUGAGAAGCUGCCGAUUGACAGCCAAUGUAGAAACGUUGUCUGAACUGAGCUGAUGAGAAUCUGAUGAGUUGAAGCUGCAGAGCAGCAGGAGGUGACGAGCUCCACAGUUCAUCAGCCUGAUGGGAGUCGUUUGGUCUGAUUGUGUUGUGACAUCCAGCUGCAGACGGAGCUUUUGGGCCUCGUUGUCCUCUGUGUUCACCUUCAGAUCUCUCAGCCAUAGACAUGUUGUUAGCUUUCAGGCUAACAUAUGUUAAAGUAGUGUGUGUAUUUCUGUGUGUCAGUCCUCAUCACGGGCGUCAUGGUAACGGUGAAGCUGUUGGAGAGCAGCAUCACAGGAUGAGAGCAGCUCUGUGAUCUGAUUCACUGUGAGAGGAGACACUUCACCAAACAAUGCCGCUGACAUUUAAUACAACCUGCUCCACUUCCUUAUGUAACCGCGAAAAUAAGAGCAGCGCUGUGGGCUCAGCGUGAAUCACAAACAGAAACACAACAUCAGACUGUUUGUUAUUAACAUCCAGACAUGCUCAGCAAUAAUGUGUGUGAGCUGGAGGUCAUCAUUUAUCAUCAGAAACAAUAUGGCUGCUGUGACAGAUCAUCCACACUGAGGGAGGAGAAACUGCUUCUACCUCUCUCCUGGUUUUAUUUUGUGACCUGUCAACCUGAAUCUAACCAAUAAGAAUCACCUACUGCAGAUGAACACCUCCACCCUCCUCCAUCAGAGAUCAGCAGCUGGGCUUUGAUUUCAUUCACUGCAGCUACAACAAACUACAGCAGAAUUUCAGAAACAUGAGAAAAAAGAGAGACUGAAGGGAAAUAUCAGAGGUGGAGUUUCUGCUGAUCUGAGAUCAGUUAGAUCAGUUGCUCCUUGCUCAAGACCAACAGGAAGAAACAGUUGAUUUGUUGGGGACUAUUUUUAGCAGCAGAUUAAUCCACUGUGUCAAAACAAAUUGUUUGUAGUUUGUUAUUCACAGUCAGAUCUGACCAUGAUGAGUGAAGAGAAAAAUCCAAUGAACACAGAUUAAUUUUUCCAUCAAAGUGCUUAGGAUGAUAGACAGAGAGCACUGAGCCAACACCUGGGACAGGUAACGGAGAGGUGAGACCAGUCCACAUCAUCAACACUGACUAUGUUAAACUCAGUCAACACUGACACUGAACUCUGUCAUGUCCAGAUGUUGAGUGCAGCCCAGCUGUUGUGUUCAGGGCCUCCAUCAUGGACAAUGUGACAUCUGGCAGCCCUCCAGGUGAGACUCACCUGAAGGACUACAACUACCUGGCCCUGAUCCUUGGUGUCCCCCUGAUCCUGGUCAUCAUCCUGGGGAAUGUCCUGGUGUGUCUAAGCGUGCUCACUGAGCGCUCCCUGAAAACCGCCACCAACUACUUCAUCAUCAGCCUGGCGGUGGCCGACCUGCUGCUGGCCGUGCUGGUGCUGCCACUCUAUGUGUACUCAGAGUUUCUGGGAGGGAUCUGGACAUUGAGCACCUACAUCUGUGACGCUCUGAUGACCAUGGACGUGAUGCUGUGCACUGCCUCCAUCCUCAACCUGUGUGCCAUCAGUGUGGACAGGUACAUCGCUGUGGUGGUUCCUCUGAAGUACAACAGGAACCAGUUCAGUGUCCGUCAGCUGGCCCUCAUCACAGCUACCUGGGUUCUGUCUCUGGGCGUGGCCAGUCCAGUCAUCUUCGGUCUGAACCAGGUGCCAGAUCGCGAUCCGAGCGUGUGCAAACUGGAGGAUGAACGUUUUGUGGUGUACUCGUCGGUCUGCUCCUUCUUCGUGCCUUGCCCUGUCAUGCUCUUCUUGUAUUAUUGGAUGUUUCGAGGCCUGCGGCGGUGGAGCGGUCGCAGCCGAUCUCCGGCGGGUCGAGCCGGUCGUCCGACUCUCUCUUUACGUCUCAGCUCGGCUCUACGGCGAACUAAAGCUACAACGACUGGGAGACCAGAGAAGGUGGUGUACACCACUCCAACCGGCCUCAGCCCCACGUCCCCCUCCACUGUCUCCAUGACCAUGGCCUCAAUGACCCCAGUGAUGGAGGAGCAGCCGGACGGGGCGAUGGUGGCGGCGGCGGAAAGCGACCCCAUGACGACGCAGAUGGACAGCGUGUCGGAGGGAGACGCCGCAGAAAGGAGGGAGGGACGCAGCAGAGAGAACGGCCUGAUGAAGAACAACGCUGCUGCAAAGAGAGGAAGAAGAAACAGCAAGAGCAGCAGAGUCAGCGGGAGAGAGCGCAAAGCCAUGAAGGUCCUGCCGGUCGUCGUCGGUGUGUUUCUGGCCUGUUGGACUCCUUUCUUCGUUGUCCACGUCACCAAGGUAUUGUGUCAGUCAUGUGACAUUGGCCCCACCCUUAUCUCAGUGGUAACAUGGCUCGGCUAUGUCAACAGUGCCGUUAACCCGAUCAUCUACACCGCCUUCAAUGCCGAGUUCAGGAAUGUUUUUCACAAGCUGCUAUGCUGUCGGACAUGAAACUACAGCUGUCAAAAGGACUGUCUUCAGACUGAGUCUCAGACUGAAUCUCAGACUAAGUCUCAGACUAGAUGUUUUUAUUAUCUCAUCUGCAGAGCCAAAUGCUUUUUUAAAAACUCUCCAGACAUUCAAAGACUUGUCCUGGAAACUGUUCAUCACCAAGUGGAGGGAAACAGUUUCUGAGCAAAGCCUUAGUUUAGAUCUCAGCUGGACUGAAACACUCUGUCUCUUAUUAUGAAAGUUUUUUUUCAUUUGUCAGACUCUUAUUUUGAAAGUUGUAACCAUUUGUCAGUUAUUGAUAAAGCAGCAGUAAUCAGAUUACAGCCACAUCUCAGCCCAGAGGCAUAAAAUGAGUGAACAUGUGCAGAAAUAUAAAUGUUGAUGUUGGAGUAUUUUCAUGGUGAUGUUGUUUUUAAUGGUGCAGAUUUUACAGAUCUGUUUUUAUUAUUUCUAUUUCUUUUUACAGAAAAGUGUUGAUGACUAUUUUUGUGACUAAUGUUACUAGCACACAUCAUGAAGGUUGUCUAGAGAAAAAAAAACAGAAAAACAAAAAGAAUGUCUGAAUGUUUCCAUGAGUUUGUGUUGAAGACAAACAGAAACAGCUUGUUGAAGUUUAUUAAAGAGGAGAAUCUUGUUUGUAGUAUUUUUAUCUGUAAAGUGAAGGUGACUGUGAUGAAAUGUAGCUGAAACAUCAGUCUUUGUCAUUAAAUGAAAAACAAUAAACAAAUUAAAGAAAUUAGUUUUUGUUCGAUGAAGUCAGAUGAAAAUACUUUUCUGUUUAAUAACAUUUAAAUAAUCAGACAUUUCAGUAUUUACAUUUCAGAUGUAAAUAUUGUGCUUUUACAUUUGUUUGUUGGUUUCAGUUUGAGAUUAAUAUUUUUGAUUUUUGUUUCCUAAAAAUAAUGUUAAAAUAUUAAUAACUGAUUGUGGCUAAUAAUUUUUCUGAGGAAAUGCAGGUAACCACUCAGUUGCAUUUUACAUUUUAAAUUAACAUAUCAAAAUAAUCCUAUUAACCACAAUAGAUGCAUGCGUUUCUUUGUUGAUUCAGUUGUUUGUAGUUGUGACAGUGGAUGUGUAGAUAAUCAUUUAUUUGCAGACAUGUUAUGUUGCAGCCUUACAAUGAUUACUACAUAAUGACAAAGUGAAAAUAGAAUUGUUCUGCAAAAUAAUAAAAGAGGAAAAACUUAAA